ACAACAUCGAUCGAAAACCCAGAAAACUCUCGGCGGCCGUAAAAAAGGAUAAUUAAAAUGCCGCUUUUCGAGACCGUGCUGCAGGAAAAACCGGCAAUUGUCCUAGAGAUCGGCACUGCUCUGGCCAAGUUGGGGUUCGGCGGAGAACCGUAUCCCCGGUGCAUAGUUCCGUCGGUGGUUCUGGGUCACGAAGUCAAAAAUGCUGGCCAAACCACACCGAAUCGACGCCUGUUCGACUACGCCAAUGAGGCGGAGCUGUACGACUUGCUGGUGGAGUUCCUGAAAACCGUGUUCUUCAAACACGUUCUUGUCAGCCCGAAAGAGCGCAAGGUGGUCAUCGUGGAGUCCUCGCUGGCCCCCACCAUCAUCAAGGAGAACCUGGCCCGUGUGCUCUUCUGCCACCUGGACGUAUCGACCGUUCUCUUCAUACCGAUGCAUCUCGUCGUCCUGGCAACGCUCGCCAUCGACACGGCGCUGGUCGUCGAUAUGGGCUACAAGGAAACCGUCGUGGUGCCGGUAUUCAGUGGUGUCCAGGCUCUCUACGCCUGGGAGGCGCAACCGUUGGCCGCCGAGAGCGUGCACGCAGAGAUCAAGCGACAAUUGCUCGAAGCCGGCGUCAAAGAGGAGCUGCUGACGGACACAAUCGUCGAAGACAUUAAAGUGCGCACAUGCUUCGUAACGACGCGAGAACGGGCGAUCGCGUACCGGUCGGAAGAUCCUGCUGCUAUCGAGGCACUAAAGCCUGCCCCCGAUGUAGAUUAUCCGGUGAAAGGAGAAGAAAUCAUAAAGAUUUCAGGCCGGCUACGAGAAACGGUGUACGAGGUUGUGUUUCCCGAGGACAACGAUCGUCUCGGUCUGCCGUACAUCAUUCUCAACUCGAUUCUCAAAUGUUCGCGUGAUAUGCGAGUUCCGUUGGCUAACAACCUGGUGCUCAUCGGGGGAUCGUGCAUGGCACCGGGCAUGAUGGCACGGUUGAAAUCUGAACUCCUGGCAUUGCUCAACACCGAUCUGUACAAGGAUCGUCUAUUCGUACAAACGUUCAAAUUCCACAAAACUCCAUCCGAGCCAAACUACACGGCCUGGCUCGGUGGAUCGAUCUACGGUACCACCGACGUGGUGCUCACAAAGUCAAUCACACGCGACGCGUACAUCAAGAACCCAAUCAUUCCCGAUUUCACGAACUAUGAAGAGGGUAGGCAGCAGGCACACCGUGGCUGACGGCAAAGGGAUUCGAGGGCGCGGGAAGUAAGCUCGGCUAGACGCAAACCUCCCGUCGUGGGUUGAGCUAUAAAAUGUUGAUCAGAACGUAUUUAAGCAUUAUUUAUAAUCCAAUAAACAUCCAUUCGCUUCUAA